GAAGCCGGAACAGCGCAGCCGCGGCUCGAGAGCUUCCCCGCUAAAGUCUGAGGAAGCGCGUGCGGCUCCCGUCCCGAUUUAGCGCCAUGGUUUUUCACAAAUAAAGUUCAUCAUGUCGUGUUUUGUCGCGGAACCUUUCCAGGCUACUCGUACACCGUACCUGCUCUAGUCGGCAACCUCCUGCUGAAGACACAGCUAGGGAAGAAUGGAUAUGCCAGCCCUCAUUUGUGACUCCAGCCUGGAGUCCUGGCAGCACAUUGGCUCUGGAGGGUUUGGCCAGAUCUACAAGGUCAAACACACAGAAUGGAGGAUGGACGUGGUCGUCAAACUGCUGCACGUCAGCUCCAAUUCGUCUCUCCUGAAGGAAGCGCACCUGAUGCGCCAUGGAGGCAAUCCCCAUGUGCUGAGAAUCCUGGGGGUGUAUAAUGGCACUGGUUACCACAUCAGUAGAGAUGGCUUCCCAAAGCAGGGCCUAGUGAUGGAGUUCAUGGAGAGAGGUUCCUUGGCUUCCCUCCUGGAGGUAUUAAAUAAACCUCUACCCCUUCCCUUAACCCUCCGUCUGGCUCAUCAGGUGGCCCUGGGCAUGAACUUCCUCCACUGCCUUUCGCCACCUCUUCUCCACCUUGAUCUCAAGCCCAGCAAUGUGCUCCUGGAUGAUAGCCUUAAUGCCAAGGUGAGUUUUGGGAACUUCAAAAACAUUGAGUUGUGGCAUUUUGGGUGUCCCUGCUUUUUAACGUACUACACACACACACAGUCUGAAAAAGAAAACGAGUUUGAAGAGAAAAUGCAUACGACACAAUGCACAACGUUGCACGCUACACAGACUUCGGGCUGGCAAGCUGUUCAAAGUGUUUCAACAGGUUCCACGACCGACGAAGGUGGAACCAUUAGCUACAUGCCACCCGAGGCCUUUGACAUGUCUUACAAGCCUACCCCAGCCUCUGAUGUCUACAGCUAUUCCAUUCUUCUCUGGUCCAUCAUCACUGGACAGGAGCCCUAUCCCUCCGCUCGCUCCACAAUUGUGCGGUUUCGGGUCCCAGAGGGAGACCGACCCAGCCUUGAAAUGGUGGACCCCAAUUUGGCUGAGCACCUGAAGGACAUGAUCAGCCUCAUGAAAAGAUGCUGGAACAAUGAUCCUAGCAAAAGGCCUUCCUUCCAAGAAUGCCUUCAAGUGACAGAGGCCUUUCAGGAGCGGCACAAGAGUGGUGUAAAAGAUGCUGUCCACCAGGUGCUGACAUUUUUGGACUCUCCAGAGAUUGAACUGGGGAAACGCCUUGAUGCCCUCAACAUCAUAGACCCUACGCAGUUAUAUAAUGCUGGAUCCAACAAGGCAUCAACAACCCCUGAACCCAUGAGGAGUGACCUGUACCCCACACAGGUACCAGCCAAGCUCUCCCUGGCUUACACUUCCCAUCAAGCAAGCAGAUGUUCAGAAAUACAUCUGAGUAGAGGGAAAUUGGACCUAAGUGCAGCUGUAGAGUUUGGACUUUUCAUAGCUGACCUUUCCUCCACAGCACUUCCUCCAGCAAGAACAUUGUCUAUGGAUCCUUGCAUAGUUUACAACCAGAUGCCUCCAGCUAGUAGCCCUGCAGGACCUUGGCAGCAGAGUGUUAUCAACCAAGCAGCUGUUCCUGUGUACUGUCAAGGGCCUGGAGUCUCCAUUUUCAUGUCCAACGUCACUGGGCUGCAAAUAGGCAAUAAUAACAAGAUGACCAUCCAGCGCUCUCGCAUCAGACACUGCACAGCUCCCGAUGCCAUCAGCCAGUCAUCACCAAAGAACAGCGGGGCUAAUGGAGACAGAAGUGCUCCAGGCACCUAAGACUCCUAUACUGGGAGGGCACUCAUAAUGGAGACUCUUCUGCUAUCAUUUCACCAAAAAUCCUGUCUUUUCUCUAUGGUUAUUGGGUUUCCUUGACAACAGCUCUUAGAGAGGGAUUCAUGUUCAGGUACUAGCUUGUGGAAAUUUGGGGGGGUCGAUAAUGAUUGGAGGACAGACAUCUGACAAAUCAGGGAAAUAGAA